CUUCUCCGCCGCGCACACCCCUCCCCCUUUCCUCCUUCUUCUCCGCUUCCUCCACUACCCCCUGUUCUCCGCUUCCCCCACCAUGCCCUGUUCCCCACCUAGCCUUGUCUUCCCCGAUCCUCUGUGCCCUUCAUCACUCUUUCUUUUUCUCAACGAAAACCCUAUAAAAAAGGGUUUUGAUUAGUUGUAAAGGAGAGUUUUUUUGGGGAUCGAAAAUCUGUUGCAUUUUUUAAUUCCCCAAGCAUUGAGACCCUUUUGAAGGAGGAGAACCCCAAAAUCGCCUCACUAAAACGGGUUCUUGAAACCCCAAGAAUCUGUUCGGUUCUUUUUUUUUUUUUUGAAUCGAUGAAAUUUCCUAAGAACUGGGUCUUUUCUUCUUUUUUCAGUCGCUGAAAAUUCCCAAAAAGUUUUAAACGCUCAGUAGUUGUUGCAGUUUCCGUGGAUACAAUUUGGAGCUCUUAGUGUUUCGAAAGAAAUUUGAAGUGUUCGAGACUAGAUCGAAACCUUUGCCUAACUUCGCUGCGCCCGAAGAAGGUCACCGUCAGUUAAAUCUUCCCAGAAACCUGAGUUUUAUCACUGGCGUCAAACAGUUCUAGAAGCGUCAUCUUUUUCAUUAUCAAAAAUUCAGACGCACAACUGCUCCUUCAUAUUUUCAACAGGGUCACUCAGUAACUUUGUAAAUUAAGAAACCCCAAACCGCCAAAGUAAUUACUGUUUGGGUACCAAGACAUUGGUGACCGAUCGACAAAAUUGGGCAUGGCGGCUAGGCAAAUUCAGAGGCGAAUUCUGAGUCUUCUCUCUUCUAAUAACCCUCAAACUUACAUCUCUAAAGGAUUACCACGGAGUUUUGUUUCUCCUGCAAGGUCAUCUUUUGCCACGGACAAGAUAUGUUCAGGAAGGUGUUUUCAAACAGUUGCAGAAAUCACCGAGAAAGCUGUCGAAGUGGGGGAAAGUAAUAAAAAAUGUGAUUCAGAUGCUAAUACUGAUUCUGCUGCUGCAGUUGUCUCUAGUAUCAAGAAAGAAACCACAUACGAGUACACUGUGCAAUCUAAUUUGAAAAUCUCCCCAAGACAUGAUCUGAUGAUGGUCUUCACUUGCAAAGUAUGUGAAACCAGAACAAUGAAAACAGUCUGUCGUGAGUCAUACGAGAAAGGUGUAGUGGUGGCUAGAUGUGACGGUUGUAAAAACAUACACCUUAUUGCUGAUCGACUGGGGUGGUUUGGUGAGCCUGGUAGCGUGGAAGACUUCCUGGCUGCUCGUGGAGAGGAAGUGAAAAAGGGUUGUACUGAUACUUUAGGUUUUACACUCGAAGAUCUGGCAGGAAAGAAAAACCUAGAAGCUAUAGGAGAAAAGUAGAAUCCAAAUUUGAGAUUUAGAAGUCAGUCAUUCUGUAAUGAACAUUGAAUAUGCACGCCUAUAUGUUGAUUCUGCCAGAGUUUUGUUGCUUUGGCAAUGCUUAUAGGUUUUACUUUUUAGCA